GCUUUUUUUUCAGCCUGCACGUAAAUCAUUCUCCAAACAUCUCGAGGUCACACACAUAUUUCUUCCCCUAAGAGUUUCUUUUACUUGGUAUACUAAUAACACACAAUGUCAAGUCAAGGUAUUGUUUUAGCAGAUUUCGUUCCCAGGGAAGUCCCCAAUUACGUCGAGGAGGAAGUAUUUUUCGAAGGGUCAGUAGCUGAAUAUGAAUUGUGGUUCGCAAACGGUCCCAAGCGUCAUGCAAACUGGGUAAUUCAGCAUACUUUUGGUUCAAGAAGAAGGGUCAUGCCUGGUCAAACUAUCGAUGAAGCGAGAACCUUAAAAGUUGUCAAACAAUUCGUUUGUGACCAUGCUGGAAAACCGGUUCACCGUAAUAAGUCUAUUAACAGCGACGGCAUACCCAACAAAAAAAGACGCGUUACUAAUCCUUCGAUCAAGGUCGGUUGUACCGCGAGAAUUCGAUACAAGGAGAUGUUAAACGGUCGUGUUUACGUUACUUACUCUUGGGCUCACACCAACCAUAAUCCUGUAGAUUUGCACGAUUAUGCAGGAUACAAACUUCCUCCGGAGGGCAAAGACUGGAUUAAAGAACAUGUUGACAACGAUAUGGACUCUGUGACAAUUAAGUCUCUUUUGCACUUGGAUAAUAAAACAUCAGAAAACACUGAAAUAAAUGUAGAUCCCAAAGGUGUACUUCCAUCGACGUUAAUAAAUCAUAAAGCCGUGCAGAAUUUAAUCUAUAAAAGGCUUGAACAGUCAAGAAAGAAUGAACUGGAAAAUAGAGACGUAGAGAAUAUGAUUAAAUCUUUACGCGAUGAAAGCUAUCAAACCUUCGUGUAUUCCAAUCAAGAAGAUGGGCAUCUCAUAAUCGGAUGGCUUUCCCCUUGGCAAAAAAAGCUGCUAGAAUCCUCAAACGAAUGGUGCUUGGUUUUAACUCCAACGACAUGCAAGUCAUUUAUAAACAAAUACACUGUUUGUGAGUUGGUAACCAUUAUGGUACGCAACGCUACGAAUAGAGGCAUACCUGUUGCAUGGUUUACUACCAGUAUUGUUUCUGACUUCGCUUUGAUCAAAUGUCUAAGCUGGCUGAGGGACAACAACGAUUUGCAAGUUAAGAAAAUAAUGAUCGACGGUAGUCCAACUGAAAAUUUAGCAAUCAAGAAUGUUUUUGGAGAUAGCGUUGGUAUUUCAGUAUGCAAUUGGCAUAUUGAAAAAACUUGGGGGAGCCAAAUCGAGCAGUUACUCGAGGCGACCAAUGAUAAAGAGCAUAUGAAGACAGUUUUUAGAACCGAGUUAAACGUGCUGAUGUAUGCUGAAACCAAAGAUGUAUUCUACACAAAUUGGUCACUGUUCAAAAAAAAUUAUGAAGGAAGUCAUGGUUCUUUUGUCAAUUAUGUCGAGACGACCUGGUUUCCCAAGAGAGCAGAUUGGGUGAAGGCAUGGAGAGUGGAUACAUCUUUUCAUACUACUAAUGAUAUGGUUAAUUCAUACUGUGUUAAACUUAAACUCUUACACCCACGUGUAACGAAAGUUACGAGACUAAGAACCAUGAUUUUUAAUCUUUCCCGUGGGAUGGAGCUUGAAUUUAGGCAAAAUAACUUGUUUGAUUACAAUGUGCUUUCUAAUCUCACAAGUAGGUGCCGUCAAUCUGUUUAUUUAUAGAAAAUAAAUCUUUGUGUCAAAAAUCUUCAUUGGUGAUGUACCUGAAGUCACACGAUACAUCUUGGAUUCCAGGGCGAUGGUCUUGUUAAGCUAUUUCGGUACUAUGUGCUAUUUGGGUGAUUUCUAAAGAUGCGAGGUUUCAUGGCUUCUGGAAUACUAGAUGUAGACUACUAGUUCUGAAUAACAUCACCUUUCACAAUUUGUUUACAUAGUAGCGGUUUGGGGAUAUUUAACAUGCUAUUAAAAGGAUAUUUAACAAUGCUUUUUCAUUGAUAAGCAUAUUUCAUGUGUAUUAGAUUAAGAGCAGGAACUGUCUUUGUAAUUCAAGGCGGUAUCUCAC